AUGGGAACACCUGCGACACCACAGUCCAAUCGUUACCAGAUGAUGGCUUUGACAAUGAUUGGUGCAUGUCAGUUUGUUUGUGUGGGACCAGAGUCUACCUACUCAGUGAUAGGCACUCGUGGUGCAUGUCCUGGAUCAGCAUUCGAAUCAUUCAAUGGCAGGAAUAUCCAGGUGUGCGUUGGAUCAUGGGAGCCAGUGACUCCGGCAUCCCUGGUGAGCAGCGCACAGAAUGGAUUGAUCGACGAUGAAGCACCACUCUUCACCGUGCCUAUGUUGACCAACAUGUAUCAACAUCAAACACCAAUGGCAAUCAUACCAAGCAACAAGGCAGUUGGCAACAUCUUCAGAGCUGAGCCAGCAUACAAUUCGACACUUCCCCAUCCAGCUGGUAGUGUCACCAAAGCUCUCUUGGUAGGGUUGUCAUACUACAACACAGUCGAACAGCCCAAUCAGAGCAUCGAGUUCCAAAUCCAGGAGCAUUCUCGAGCAUUGGUCCAAGGUGGAUAUGUCCUGCCACAGAACAUCCGAAUCCUCACUGAGGACCUAACAGAAGUCUCCAACGAUGGAACAUAUGUCAACGGACCAUCAUGGUUAUGCAUCAGGAAUCAGAUCAUCAACUGGCGGAGACAGAGUCUUCUUGAGUGGUGUGCCAAUGCUACAGGUCCAUCAACAUCAAUCAUCAUGUGGCAAUGA